AUGACCUCCAAGCCUGCAGCCACUGGUGAUCCAGCAUUACACGCAUUCCAUGUUUCAAUGAUAACCCAACCCCUUCACAACAGUAUCCCACCAGAGCUACUCCCUCGAUAUGACCCAGUCUACGUAGAGUACUACAACAAGUACAAUGCCGGGCGACUCCAUACACACGAGGUCCCGAUAGAAGAGUUCCGCAAGAACCCAGGCCGAUACACCAUUUCCUAUGGACGUGCUCGGGGUCCGGACAUCUUCCGCAUCACUGAACAGAAGUGUCCAGUCGAUGGCGGGGAGAUUACCAUUCGGAUCUUUGAGCCAGAACUCGAGCUGGACGAGCAGGGCAAUCCGAAGAAGAGAGCGGCUUAUAUCAACUUCCAUGGAGGUGGUUGGGUGUUUGGUGGACUAAACUACGAUCAUGACUUUUGCAAGCGAGUCGUCCACGGCCUUGAGGGGGACUUGGUUGCUUUUGAUGUUGACUAUCGACUGGCACCUGAGCAUAAAUAUCCGAUUCCUGUCCGUUCCAAAGCAACAGAGUUCAAUCUUGACCUGGAUCGAUUCGCGGUGGGCGGCGUGUCAGCAGGAGGUCAUCUCUCAGCCGUCAUCAGUCAUCUCUGUCGCGAUCAAAACAUUCCUCUGCGAUUGCAGAUCUUGACUGUACCAGCGACGGACUUGCACAGUGUCUUCACGCCUGAAGGGAAAUUUGACCGAGAGAACUGUCCCUACGAGUCAUACCGGGAGAUGGAAUUUGCACCAGCACUACCUGCAGCGCGUAUGGCAUACUUCCACCGACAGUUCCUGGGAGUGCCUCGACCGGCUGAGUCUGAUGAAGACUGGAAAAUAUCGCCGAUCCUCGCUCCCAACUUUCAGAACUUGGCUCCUGCGUUGGUGUCUACCGCGGAGCUGGAUCCUCUGCGCGACGAAGGAGAAGCGUAUGCGGCUAAACUUCAAGCUGCUGGAGUAUACGUGGAGGUAGAUCGAAUCCCGGGUGCACCGCACCUGGUGGCUGCCAUGGAUGGCGUUUUGGAAGGAGGUCGACGCUACAACGCGAAAGUGGUUGAGACGAUGAAGCGACAACUCAAGGGAUGA